UGGAUUCAAGUUCCUUUCUCUGCUUUCAAGCCAUCCCCCAUGCAGAGUCUUCUCAACCAGGUCUUAGAAAUGCUGGCACUGCUCCAAGAUAUGGACAUGAUAGUAACCGAUCCGUAUCAGGCCAGUGCUCGCAAACUACUGUCAAUAUUUCGGGCUCUUCUGGAUAUUCACACUCGACUUGAAAGCUGGGAGCAGAGUCCUAUAGCUGAUAUCAAUGAGCCAUGCUACUGGCGCAUCAGUCCUCCUCUCACUGAAACAGCUCCAAAAUCUGCCGCAAAAUCCAUAUGGUUCCCAGAUAUCACGCUUGCAAAUGUUUAUACACAUUUGUGG